CUGAUUGGUUCAUGACAUUUUUAGACUGUAUCUUAAGACGAUCUUAAAUACAAAAUCUGAUUGAAUACAGGCAGAGAGAAACCAGAAUAUUAAUUUGAUAGAUUUUAGUUAUUUCAGCGAUUUCAGUGAUUUAUUUCCAUCAGGAGCACCGCAAAAAAAUGGAUAUUGUUGUAUAGUUUACAUCCACUUCUUCAGAGGGCAGUAGUGCGCGGCAGCAUUUUGUGGUUACUGGAAAAAGGCCCUCACAUCCUCUCUUAGGUUUCUCUCUGGUACAGCGAUGUAUUGUGUAUUCCUACAAUUAGCUGUAUAAGGUACUUGAUAGCAGAUGAUCGUUAUAUUUAAUAACACGACAUAUCAAGCAUCGUAAACAUCUGUGAUUAGAACGCUCUCAGUUUUUGUUGAAUCGUUAAUCUUGAGCAGAUUGGAUGAAAAUACUCAGAUUUGUACGGUUCGACGAAAAAUGAAUGACGAAAAUGCAAGCUGCUCGUACGACAGUGAGGAUGAUGCACAACUAUCACUGCUUGAUCUUCCAGUCGAGAUAUUCCUGCAUAUAUGCUCCUUCUUAGAGGCGUCGACAUUAGUACACGGUUUGAGCCUAGUGUGCAAACAGUUCUACCUGAUUUUAAAGGAUGAUUCAUUGUGGAAAGCGCGAAUUAACCAUAUAUGGCCAGAUGCUAGCUAUCCACUCUUGCGUCCUGCGAGACCUGACAAAUUGUUUUGGAAAUUAUCAUGCGUUGCGAUCGAGAAACAAACAGCACUAUGGAAGGGUUCCUUAAUGGAGAAACUUAUAAUUGCGAACCCACAGUACAGCACAGUGGAUGCUCUGCUACUGAUGCACAAUGGAACCAUAUGUAUAGCUGGUGCAAGAGAUCGCACCCUGCUUUACUGGAAACUUCCUUCACACGAGAAAUCACCCUCUCGCGAGAAUGGGAGCACUGUCUGCAUAGAUUCCGCGCAUAACGGAUGGAUCUGGGAUCUGACAGCGAUAUAUAGCACGAUCUACAGUUGCAGCUGGGAUCAGAGUGUCAAGUCAUGGGUGCUAAUCGACACCGGUCUUGUCAAGCUGAAAACUUACGAGAUGAACACUGCAUCUGGUGCACUGCUGUGCGUGUCGUCGUGUCCAGAGCAAGCCCUCUUUGCAACCGGCUCGUACAGCAAGACCAUAUUUGUGUUCGAUUCGAGAUCAGGACACAAGCCGAUCAGACAGUAUCGACCGCACACCGGGGCUGUGAUUAAGUUGGCCAUGAACUCGGAAUACAUCUUGUCCGCCAGCGAGGAUAAGACGGUGUCCGUUUGGGAUCAAAGAGCUGGACGGACCAUGAAGUCUAUCACAAUUCCAGGCAAAGCGUUCCCCAUGUGUAUGAGCAUGCAACGGGAUUGUGUUUGUGUGGGGGACAGUACUGCGAAGUUACACGUACUAAAUCCAAAGAACGAUUUCGAGUUAGUGAAAUCUUAUUCUACUAAACAUACGAAAGGGAUAACGGGGGUACAUCUGGCGCAUGGAUGUCUGAUAACGAGCUCUAAGGAUGGCACUGUCAGAAUUUCAAGCCCUACGGAUCCACCGAAGCCUAUUGCUACUUUCCUUUCGGGAUUCGGAGAGAUCGCCAGCAUGGAU